UGCGCUAACAAGAAGAACUUCCGCGCACGUUGGUCAUGUGACCUGUAUGUCCUUGGUUUGGCAAUCUGUGACAUGUGAGCAAAAGAAACAUGUCUUUCCCCAAAAAACCCGGUGGUAAAGCGUUAGAGGUUUUGCAGACUCUGCCGCGGAUAACCUUAGCAAACUUGCGACCUGAACCAGGAGCCACAAAGACAGAUAAACGUCUGGGCAGAGGACAGCAUGGUGGCAACAGAAGCGGCCGAGGACAUAAAGGAGAGCGUCAAAGAGGCAACCGGCCUCGGCUGGGAUUUGAAGGGGGUCAGACUCCUUUUUAUCUUGUCAUACCAAAAUAUGGCUACAAUGAUGGACACAGUCGCCGUCCUCAGUACAAGCCUCUGUCAUUGAAACGACUGCAGUACCUGAUUGAUCUGGGACGAAUCGACCCCACACAGCCCAUAGACCUGACCCAGCUUGUCAAUGCCAGAGGAGUGACAAUCCAGCCUCUGAAGAGGGACUAUGGAGUCCAGCUUGUUGAUGAGGGUGCCGACAGUUUUGCUGCAAAAAUCAACAUUGAAGUUCAGAGAGCUUCUGAAGGAGUUAUAGCUGCUAUUGAGAGGAACGGAGGGGUCAUCAAUACCCAUUUCUAUGAUCCUAUAAGUCUUGGGAUUCUCAUCAAGCCUGUCCCAUUCUUUAUGCGUGGGCAGCCAAUUCCAAAGCGAAUGAUGCCAGGGGAGGACAUGGUCCCAUAUUACACAGAUGCUGAAAACCGAGGUUACUUGGCAGACCCAGAGAAAAUCCAGCAGGCCCGGCGAGCCCUGGCACUGAAGUAUGGAUAUACUUUGCCAGACAUUUCAAAGGAUGAACUGUAUCGCAUGCUCUCCAUGAGGAAGGAUGUUCGACAGAUCUUCUUUGGCCUCGCUCCAGGCUGGGUCGUUAACAUGUCGGAGAAGAAGAUUCUGAAACCAACUGAUGAGAAGCUUCUGAAAUAUUACAGCUCAGAGAUAUAAAAUAUAUGUUCAUGUACAGUGUCUCAUGGCAAAAAUACUGCAGAUGUUGUAAACGUGUAAGAAAAAGUCAUGGCCAUGUUUGCAUUUUCUAUUAAACAAAUGUGAAUAACUUUAA